AUGGGAGGUCACGGCCAUGGUCAUGAGCCAGAAUUGAAAAUACCGAGCCCUGAUAUAUACAAAGUAGAAGAUGUGCCAGAACUUAAACUGGUUCAAGAUGAAUUAGCUAAACUUGGGUUGAAAGACCCUUGGUUAAGAAAUGAGGUUUGGCGUUAUACAGCACUUCCUGGUACUUCACAUACCCUACGAGUAAUUAGGGGAAUUACAAAGGGUAUGGUAGUUGGGUUUGCAGCAUUUUUAGUAACAUUGGGUGUAGAACAUACUUUUGGGAUUACUUACAAAGGAGAACAUCAUGGUGAUGGUGAUCACCAUAAGGAUGGUGAUCAUCAUUAGUGUUGCAUAAAAACAUAUUUAGUACAUAUAAGAAAAUUAAAUAGUGUUAUUAGUAUUAUAUGUACUAUAGCUUUAAAAAUAAAUUAUAAUUUGAGUUACAAA